AUGAUUACCCCCCACUCCGGAUCGACAGAUGCUAGCUGGACUAAAUUUCUGCUGGACAUCACAGAGCUGAGUUCUGGCGUCAGGACAAGCCCGAUAACCAAUCUACUCCGUCUAUACAAUCCCCAAGUAACAACCAAUCGUGAAGAAUUUGAGAUUCUGAGCUCGAAAUUACCAUUCUCGUCGUUGUACGAAAGCCAGCCAACCAGUAUCAAGGGGCUCAACUGCCAGAUUAUCACACAGGAAGCUGCAAGCAUCGGUCGCGUUAUGGGGGUUUCAGUUCCGGAAGCCGAUCACCGAAGCAUUUGCAAAGUCGGCACAAAGUUCAGUGGCAUCUACCGAAUUCUGGUGAGAAACUUAACCGCUCUCAAAGCCGAGCUCAACGGCUAUAAAAAGAAAGUAAUGACUCCAAAGCCACAGAUUGGUCGUCCGCCACCAACAGCACAAAGAUACCCGAAUCCUGCUGGUAAAGCUUUCUAUGCAGGGAAAGGUCUCCGAUCCACGACGAGGACGUCCAGGCUGCGAGGCCGUAAAGCUGAACAUGAAUCACUCAGCAGGCUCAUCGCGCAGUGUCAGGAAGACGGCGGGGCUGUUGCGGUUACUGGAAUUGGCGGGAUUGGAAAGACUGAAAUAUUACUCGAUGUCGCAUACCAGCGGCUGGACAAGACCAAUAUCUUCUUCCUUCGAGCUAGCACAAAGGUGAUGCUUCAAGAGGCAUACCUCCACGUCGCCAUGCACAUCGGGCCAGAAGUUCUUCUUCACAAGUACCAAGGAAGAGAUACAAGAGAUAUCUGGAGUCGAAUGGAUGUCGAAGAAAGAAUCGAGAUGUUCAAAGAAUGGCUAGCGCAACCCGAGAACUCAGAGACUUUGGUCAUGCUUGACGACCUAGACGGUCUCGCGGAUCCGGAAAUUAUCCUGUCAGCGAUACCUCAAGGCGCCAAAACAGUCAUGUUCUCGAGUAGAAGUCCCACAUUACGCGAAGAGGUUGACCGCGAAUGCCGGCAUCUUCGGCUCUGGUCCAUGAACACCGACGAUAUUGUUGACAUCAUGGAAGCAACAGUCCGGCAGAGCGACUACGAACAGGAGGGGGAACUGUAUGAUCGCAACAUCCUCAAACAAAUCGCUCAAGCAGUGCACGGGCAUCCUCUCGCCGCAUCACACGCUAUCAAAUACAUCAUCCGAGUCAUCUCUCAAGAGCCUGUAGACUCACCGGCAGAAACGUUUCUUUCUAUCCUGGAGGAUCCAAACCACGAAACAAGAGCCAGUUUCCUUGAAUACAAGCCCCGCGCUCCGUCUAUCAUGGACACCUUCUAUGUCUCUCGGAACCGGCUUCCCAACCCUAACGGUCUCGCCUGGAUAUUGAUGCAGUUUCUCAGUAUCCUCGAAACAGAUGCUUCGGUUGUCGACUAUCGAGAUUUCUUCUACAAACGACAAUGUAUUAUCAGUCCAAAUGAGUUCCCCAAUCACGACUUGCUUUCAAAUUGCGGGCCAAAACUUUCUGAGGCUUUUGCAGAUCUGGAAGCUGUAUCUUUUGGUGAGAGAUUACAGACUUCGAAACCCUUUCGCUUUCAUCGGCUGUGGCUGGAGUGUACGAGACAUGCAAUGGGUGCGGAUAUGAGGUUCCAGGCUGUGCGGCAGGUCUUGCUGAUUUCCCACCGGACGGUCGAAGGCGCGAUGGGAGAUGAAGCUAGAGACCAAGCUUUAAGACGCUUUUUGCCUCACAUCAGGAAUUGCGUGCGAGUGUGUGAGCGGUUUGGCAUUGAGUUGGCGAAAUUUCAAGGAGCUGAGAAUACCUUGUUGUGGUAUAGGCGAGGAGAAAAGUUUAGCUAUUGA